CGCGCUUCCCCGCCCGCCCCUUCCUCCUCCCAAGGUGUCGGUGUCGGUGUCGGUGUCGGUGUGUGUGAGCAUGGCGCUGGCGCUGGGGGAGGGCGGCGGUGGCAGCCGGCUGCGGCGGCAGCUGGAGUCGGGGGGCUUCGCGGCGGCGGAGUACGUGAAGCAGCUGUCGCAGCAGUCGGAUGGAGACCGGGAUCUGCAGGAGCACCGGCAGCGCAUCCAAGCGCUGCAAGAAGAGACGGCGCAGAGCUUGAAGCGCAACGUCUACCAGAAUUACCGGCAGUUCAUCGAGACGGCGAGAGAGAUCAGCUAUCUGGAGAGCGAGAUGUACCAGCUCAGCCACAUCCUCACCGAGCAGAAGGGCAUCAUGGAGGCCGUCACGCAGGCCCUGCUCCUCCAAGCCGACCGCGACGACCCCGCCCUGGGCGCCCGCCGCGCCGCCGCCGCCGCCGACCCCUUCCUGCCGCUGUCGGCCAAGGAGGCCGCGGCCAGCGAGGAGGGCCGGCAGCGGACGCUCACCACCCUGCUGGAGAAAGUGGAGGGAUGCCGCGACCUGCUGCCCGAGAGCCCCGGCAAGUACCUGGUGUACAACGGCGACCUGCUGGAGUACGACGCCGACCACAUGGCGCAGAUCCAGCGGGUGCACGCCUUCCUGAUGAAUGACUGCCUGCUGGUGGCCACCGCGCUGCCCAACCGCCGCGGUGCCUACCGCUACGAUGCCCUGUACCCCCUCGAAGGGCUGGCCGUGGUCAACGUCAAGGACAACCCGCCCAUGAAGGACAUGUUCAAGCUGCUCAUGUUCCCCGAGAGCCGCAUCUUCCAGGCCGAGAACGCCAAGAUCAAGAAGGAGUGGCUGGAAGUGCUGGAGGAGACCAAGCGCAACCGAGCCCUGAGCGAGAAGCGACGCCUGGAGCAGGAGGCCCUGCCCCGGCCCGCCCCGACACCUCCUGAGUCCACCAACCCCUUCGAGGAGGAGGACGAGGAGGAAGAAGAGCCCUCCGUUGAGGAGGAGGUGGUCGACCUCUCGCUUGAGUGGAUCCAGGAGCUGCCGGAGGACCUGGACGUUUGCAUCGCUCAGCGGGACUUUGAAGGGGCUGUGGACCUGCUCGAUAAACUCAACGAGUACUUGGGAGACAAGCCUGUGAGCCAGCCCGUGAAGGAGUUGCGGGCCAAGGUGGAUGAGCGGGUCCGGCAGCUUACGGACGUGCUGGUCUUUGAGCUGUCUCCGGACCGCUCGCUGCGAGGAGGACCACGGGCCACACGCCGAGCCGUGUCCCAGCUUAUUCGCUUGGGCCAGUCCACCAAGGCGUGUGAGCUCUUCCUGAAGAACCGGGCGGCCGCGGUGCACACAGCCAUCCGACAGCUGCGCAUUGAAGGUGCCACGCUGCUUUACAUCCAUAAACUCUGCCACGUCUUUUUCACCAGCCUCCUAGAGACGGCCAGAGAGUUUGAGACAGACUUCGCUGGCAACAACGGCUGCUACUCUGCCUUCGUUGUGUGGGCCCGCUCUUCCAUGAGGAUGUUUGUGGAUGCCUUUAGUAAGCAAGUGUUUGACAGUAAGGAGAGCUUGUCAACUGCAGCGGAGUGCGUGAAGGUAGCUAAAGAGCACUGCAAGCAGCUCAGCGACAUUGGACUGGAUCUCACCUUCAUCAUCCACGCCCUUCUGGUAAAGGAUAUCAAAGGUGCUUUGCAGAGCUACAAGGAUAUCAUCAUCGAGGCCACCAAGCACCGCAACUCUGAGGAGAUGUGGAGAAGGAUGAACCUGAUGACUCCGGAGGCUCUGGGGAAACUCAGGGAGGAGAUGAAGAGCUGUGGCGUAGGCAGUUUUGACCAAUACACUGGUGAUGACUGCUGGGUCAACCUUAGCUACACUGUAGUAGCUUUCACUAAGCAGACUAUGGCCUUCUUGGAGGAAGCGUUAAAGCUUUACUUUCCAGAGCUGCAUAUGGUUCUUUUGGAGAGCCUUGUGGAAAUCAUCCUAGUGGCUGUCCAGCAUGUUGAUUACAGUUUACGGUGUGAACAGGACCCUGAGAAGAAAGCAUUCAUUAGGCAGAAUGCAUCCUUCCUUUAUGAAACUGUCCUUCCUGUUGUGGAAAAAAGAUUUGAGGAGGGAGUUGGAAAGCCAGCCAAGCAGCUACAGGAUCUCAGAAAUGCUUCAAGGUUGAUGCGUAUAAAUCCAGAAAGUACCACCUCUGUGGUGUGAACGAGCAGUUCUUACGAACGGGGUGUGAAAGCACUUAGUGAAAAUGUUGUACAUUGCAUAUAUGAACCAAAUGGGUUUUUUGAGUUCCUAGAAAAUGUGGAAGUCUGGUUGCGGGAUUGCAGAGAAUGAAGUUACAAUCAAGGGCUUCAAGGGUUCAACACUUCUGUUUUUUGGGGGGGUGGGUGCAGGAAAGUGAGAGGUAGCAAUUGAGAUCACGUGUCCUUGUACAGCAUAUCCUGUAAGAAUGGUUAACGUAGUGCUUGUGACUCGGGAAGUAUUACGAUGUACAAUUUUUGGCCAAAUGUCCGUGAAAAAUCUGAAAUACAUGUACUUUGUUGAGCAGGAAAAGAUCACUUCUUGUCACAUCAUUGUGUGCGUUCCUUUUUUAAGGCAGUGCUCUGGUAGAAGGGAAGUGCUGAAACACUCCCAGGGUGUGGUAUCUGGUGAGGCACGUCCACCAUUAGAUGUGACUCAGCAGUGGAGAUAAACAACAUGGGUUUUCACAUUCAGCUUUGUUUGAUAGCAUUACCUGCAGGUAGAAACCACAGCACAGAGCCAUCAAUGCUCUUGAAACGUUCAAGUCAGGGAGGGGGUCUUAAUGAAGAUACUGUUUCAUUUGGAAGGAACAGAACUCUAGUUUUGCCCUAUAGAAGCAGCAGAGGAUAAAGACACUGGCUGUAGGGGUUUUUGUGAACUAUAUGAUCUACAAAAUGCAUAUUGUAACCCUCCUGUAAUACAGCAAUAACCAACCAAGUAGAACAAUCUUUUUUACAGAACACACGAGGACUGCAUUUGAUUGAGAACUUGAAUGUAGAUGGUGUUUGUGCCACGCAAAUACUUUUUGGUUUGGAUUGGUGAUGCCUAUCUUGGGCUGUAUUUGUGAACCUGAAAUAAGGCUCAUGCAAAUACUGUCUUUAGAAGGCUAUCAGCAUCGCCUUCUAAGCUGCACAGCUUCUUCCCCUUCAUUUUGCAGGCCUUCUUAAUGCAGUUUUUGCCUCAGUGGCUAGUUUUCAUUCUCUUGUUCUUUGUUAUGUCCUUAUCACCAUUCCCUUAAUCAGUCUAUUAAAGGCAUGCACAUCCUUCUGAUAAUCUGUUGCCAUCAUGGAGCAGUAGGCGUACGUGGAUGUUGGCUUUAAUGGAUCGGGGUAUCUGGCCUUUUGUUUGGGUGCUCAAAUGUUAUAUUCAUGUGCCUGCCAGCAAUGCACACAAGUUCGAGUUCUAUAAACUGUAAGGAACGGUGAUAUUUUGAGACUUGUGAAUCUAUUCUAAAGUCAUAAUGAAAGAAAAACAUUGGCUUAAGGAAAAUGAAGUGUAAAUAGCAUUAAACCCACUUUGUAUGUUAAUUCAGUUAACAGAUAGUGCCAGCACGUGCUGAGAGUCAUUGUGUAAUAAAUACAUUUUGGAUUUGCAUACAGCAAUCUGAAACAGCACUUUUCUUUUCCUGCGCUGUUCACCUGUGGAAGCAGCGUGAUUCAAAUGGAAAUCUGCAGUAACCAUUAAAUAACGCAAUAGCACUUCUGUUGAUCUGGGGAAGAGAGCUGAAGUUUUGCUAAGCUUUUUGUUUGGUUUGUUUCCCUAUGAGGGAUUUGCAUAUAAAAUGUGGUUUCCUUUAGCUGCACUGACAAAACGGCGGUGUAUAUAUAUUUUUUAAUUGUUAUUCAGGCAAAUGUAUGUAUUAGAACUUUAUGCAAUAGCUUUUCUGAACAGCGGGAACCAUAUAUUAAAACUUUUGGGACAUAUGA